AUGGCUGAUGAUCUUCAGAACCAGCUGGACACUCCAGCGGAUCCCAUUGAUGGCGGCUCUGCGGAUGCCUCAACCGCACGGUCAUCCGGUCCCCGCAGACUCCCCAAGAAGAGAACCAAGACAGGCUGCUUGACUUGUCGAAAGCGCCGGAUCAAGUGCGGCGAAGAGAAGCCAAUAUGCACCAACUGCGUCAAGUCCAAGCGGAUCUGCGAGGGUUAUGCCCAGCGGGUCAUCUUCAAGAACCCCAUAGGCAUCUUCGGUUCUUUUAGCGGCGGCCAUGGUCAGCAUCACCAGAUGGAGCAACAGCAUAUGGGAGUACCGAUAUACAACGACUAUGGCUUUCAACUUCCUCCCCAACAAGCGGCAGCCGCUGCUCAGCAUCCAAUGCUCGCUCCGCGACCUGUUGAUCCGGCAACUAUGGGAUAUCAUUCCUUGCCAUCACAGAUGCCUUCGUCGAGCUACACUCAACCGCUUAAUACAUUUCCCUUCUACGGUCAAGCAGCUUCGAUGCAACCGCCAGGCCAUUUGUCAAUGGCUCAAAGCGAAAGUGCAUCCAUCCCCCCAAACCUAACUAACUACUCACAAUUGCAGCAGCCAGUGGAAUCGAGUCAGAUAAACACCAUACCGGGGCCACAGACAAACGUGCAGAUUGCACCGCGAAUCAUCGCUCCAAUCGAGCAGUCGGCUGGAGAAAAUGCCUCCAAUCUUUCCCCGAUUCCAGCUUUCAAUCCCAUAUCAAGUGGCCAAGAGUUUGAUACCAACGUAAUACCCCAGAUGAUUCAGCAUUUGCCUACGAUAUAUCAUUAUCAACCACCACCGGGACAACCACCGCAGCAGUUACGAUCUCAUGAACAAUUUAUACCCCAUCAGAUUCCUCUUAAAUCACAAUUAAUAUACAUGGAGGAUGAAAGCGAGGACUAUUAUGACGUGGACUCGGACGAUGAAAUGGGGGAUCAAUCACAGACCGAAGGCUUCAAUCAACUGAGUCUCAUCAUGGCCUCUGCCAAUCGCGAUGAGCGCCAACUGCGUUCUUUCACGACUUAUCUCAACGAGCCGAACGUUCUCGCCUCAUACCGUCCUACGCUUGGCUCUUCUCCCUUGAAUAACCCCAAAACAGCCCGCAUCUUCGCUCACUUCAUUCACUCAACUGGCCCUUCCUUGUCUAUAUUUGAAAGACAUCCUACCGAUUCCUCGAUUGUCCUGGGGGCAGCUGUACCAUCUGCACAACAGGGUCUAUGGGUCUAUACCCUUGCGCUCAAGGCUUUGGAGCAUCCAGCCCUUCUCCAGGCAAUACUAGCUGUCAGUAGCUUGCAUAUUGCCUACCUACAACAAGUUUCCACAGCAGUAUCUUUGAAGCACUACCACUAUGCCUUGAAACGAGUUGGUACUGCAGUCGGACUUCCACUUCGACGCAAACAAAUCGGUACCUUGGCCGCCACUCUUCUACUAGGCUAUUACGAGGUGAUAUCUGCCGAUCAUUCGAAAUGGAAUAACCACUUGGCCGGGUCCACCCAUCUUAUCCGAGAGAUCGAUUAUGCCAGAACCACCAGAGAUCUUCGGGCCCAUCGACGCAGAGUUAAUUCGCAGCGACGCGAGUCAGACUGGUCAAACUUGGGGUGGGGGAUGUCUGGACAGGUCUCUGAGGACGAUCCCUUCUUGGAGAAAGAGGAUAGCGUCGAUGAAGCUCUCAUAGGCACCAUUAUGGGACGAGCUGUCAAUUACGAUUAUUUUGGUGGGAUCGAUGAAGAACAUACGCUGCCUCCCAAGAGACAUUUCACUCGUAAGGACAUUGAGGUGUUCCGAAUUCAGUGUGAUCUAUAUUGGUGGUAUUUGAAGCAAGAUGUGAUCCAGAGUUUCGUGGGUGGAAACAAAUUAUUAAUGCCCUACUCACAAUGGGGUCAAUGCCCUCCCCGGGCAGGAAUUGGCCGAUUAGAUGCAAUCUACGGUUCGGCUGACCAUUUGUGGCUGCUGCUCGCUCGGGUGACAGAUUUUGGCUUCCGUGAUCGUAAGCGGAAGCUGAGAACCCUGAAGGCAGGUGGCAUAGACUGGAAACCAGGGCCUGAGCUGUUCCAAUUCAUGGGACGCUUCGCUGGCGGCCCUCCUGGUCAAAGACCUGGACCACCUGGCAGCUUUGCUCCGGGGCCUCCCCCUGGUCCUCCUUCAGGCAUGCCCAGCAUGCAACCUAGAGGUGAACCUAGACGCCCAUCAAUGGCAGAACCUGCGGCAAUGUCCCCUCCAAGCACCGGACCGACAGUGACUGACAGUCCACCCAUGUACGGAAUGAUACCAGCCCAACCACCCGUACGCCUUCCCUCUGGAUUCCAAGAUAGGCCACGCGAGCCACGUUCGUCGCCGGACUUGGAUGACCCAGCUCAAGACAUGAGUUACAAGGAGGCCGAACAAGAAUGGGAAGAGAUCCUGGCCGCCAUGGACACGUUUUCCCAUGCGCUGGGCCGCGAUUUCCAACCUUUGCCAGCGGAUGUCGCACCCCCGAUCUCAACUCCAUUUGGUCCUGCCCUCCAAUAUCGUACUCAUACCAUCGCGGUAAUUUGGGGAUUUUACUAUGCUAUGCGUCUCCUUUUCAAUCGGAUUCACCCAUCUAUGCCGCCGGCUAUUAUGAUGGCUGCUGGGGUAGCGGCUCCAACGACUGCCGGAUAUGCACAAACUGUCGGCAAAAUCCUAUCUGGCAUCUACUACCCGCAACGCUUCAACCUGGAAGCUGGAAGUCUCAGUCCGAAUCUGGGUUCUUCAAUGACGGACAUGACGGUGCCGUACUUUUUCGCUGCUGUGCAAUAUACUGAUCCCACCCAGCGAACUUGGACGAUUUCGAAACUGCGCGACAUUUCCCGCCUGACUGGGUGGAAGAGCGCGGACGCUAUUGCAGGUGGCUGUGAGAAAGCAUGGAUAGUCGCUGCAACGCAAGGUCGUGGACCGCCCUAUCAACGGUCGUUUGAGACCGAUCGGACCCGGGAAGUGGAACGACAGCAUGAGUCGGAGGCUGUGCUCGAGGAGGUUGACGAUCGUCGAUUCGUCCGAGUCAACCCAGACCGGGCUCAUUGGGCUAUGGGCAUUUUGGAAGAGAACAUUGCCAAUUUGGAAGUCUAG